AUGAAUUAUAUGCUUUGUGCUUAUACCAGCGAUGAAAAAUUACUUUCAUAUGCUAGCAUAAAUGCGAAAACUUGGAUGAACAAUCUCGCGAUACGAUCAUUUAAAGAAUCUCUAAUAUAUGACGUUGCAACUGAUACAUUCAUGCCAAUUUUCGGUAGACAAUGGACGUAUCGCAAAUAUGUCUAUAGCAGACCAACAGUUGAUGAGCACACAGGAAAUUUGACAUCAUCUGGAAUUAAUAUACCUUUACAUCUCUGUGCAUUUGGUAGUUUUAAUUUAACUAUCGGUAAUUGGGAAGACGAAGAUUUUAUGAUGAAAAUAGGAAAACGUGAAAUGUUAGCAGAACCUCAAAAAUUCUGUUACUACAUGCCAUCUUUACAAUUUACAGAAACCGAUCGAAAUCCACCAACAUCGUUG